AUGCCCAAAAGAACUCGAGAUCAGCGAAGAAACGAUGAGACGAAUGAUGAUAUUGAUGAUCAUGCAGAAGAUCAUUUACAUGAUAAUGACAUAAUAAAUCAAGACCAAAUAGAUAGAUAUGAUGAUGAUGAUAAUUGUGAAUCACGAGCUAACCAAUUCAAUUUUAACGCUGACAAUGAUGAUAAUAAUCCUGGUCGUGAAAAUGACAAUGAUCGAGAGAAUUUAGCAAGACUUAAUGAUUAUUAUCGCCUACCAUUAGAUAGUGGUGAUGAAAGCGUCGAAAAUGAACCGGCGAUGAAUGAAAUCAUGGAAAAUGACACUGAUUCUCAGCCUGCAGAAAACAAUCAUUUUGAUGAUGGGAUUUACGACAAUAACAAUGUCGAUAACAAUGAUGAUGAGGAGCAACAGAAAUUGUAUGACGGAGCACGGAUCACGAGGCGUGAAAGCGAAUUUCUCAUCAUGUCUUUUUUUUUUAAGAUAUUCUCUUCCAGAUAGAAGUUGGGAAAACUUUUUGAAACUAAUUGAUUGCCAUUUACCGGAGUCAAAGUACUCUACGAAACAUCGGUUUUUCAAAAGAUUUCCGAAAAUGCAAGACUUUGAUAAGCAUUAUUAUUGCUCAAUAUGUGAAGAUUACUUAGAAAUUCCAAAUAAUACUGAACAAGUAUUAUGUGCAUGUGGAGCUUUAAAUAAUAAAAAAAAAACUAGAGAAAGAGGAAAAAUAUUUCCUUAAAAUAUCUGAAAAAUUAAAAGACAUCUUAAUCGAUAAAAACGUUGUUAGUCAUCUUCGCAAAAGUGAGUCUAGUGGAGUGACAUCCGGUAGAAUAUAUAAAGCGCUGGAAAGAAAUGGAGUAAUUGGAGAAAAUGACAUAACUCUGCAGUUCAAUACCGAUGGUGCAAAUAUUUUCAAGUCGUCAAGGAAAUCACUCUGGCCG